UCUACCGGAGUAGCAGACGAUGCACUGUUUAAAUGUUUGUUUACUUACAAAGAAUUCCAUUUUUAAUAGAAAACAUUGACAAUUAAUUGUAAAUUGAAACUCAGAUGAAAUAUGGUUGAUUUCUAUUGAACUCUAUUUCAUUCACCUAACUCUUUUUCUUUUGUAUUGGAUCAGUGAAGACUACUCUUUAUUAUAAUUUUAUGUUUGACUUAUUUUUGAACCUAGCAACCGGUCGGUGCGUUUGAUUAUUCUUUGAGUUAUUGUCAUUAAACAGUUGCAAAUUAUUGAACAGUUUUCUCAAAAUAUGGAACCUUUUCCUAAUAAAUUACCACCAUUCGACAAAGUCAAUGAUGAAGAGUUGACAAACUUUCUUCGAAAAGUGGAUGAUAUAACUUCAGUCAUCAAUGGAAUGUGCUCAAAGGAUCCAAGUGUUUCGGAAGGUGCUACGAAAAAGGCUGACUAUCUUUUAGGAAAUGAUACUAAAAUUCAAAUUGAUGAGGAGAAGGUUAAAGUAGUUAAAGACAGAACUAUCAUCAAUAAAAAGGCAUAUGAACAUGAUGACAAACCCAAUCAAGUUUCUCCUGAACAUUUUAUGAAAUCUGUUGAAAGAGAUGCUAAGGAACGCGCUGAAAAUCGUCGGAUGAGUAGAGAGGUCGCUAAACGACUUAUGAAGGAAGGAUCAAAACAUUACCGCAACAAGGAGUAUGAGAAAGCGCUCUCAUACUACAAUCAGGCCAUGGAUGAGGUUCGAGAUGAUUGCUUGCUGUACUUGAAUAGAGCGCUUACUUUCACGAAUCUUGGUUUGCACGGUAAAGCUGUGGAUGACUGCAAGUGGGCACUCAAAUUGGAUGAGAACAAUCUGAAAGCAUUCAUGUGCAAAGCUAAAGCACAACUGUGCAUGGAUAAAGAUGAAGAAGCCGAAGUCACCAUCCAGGAAGCCCUGGACAAACAUCCUGACAAAAAGGAAUUCAUCAAAGAUUAUGUAAAUGAGGUGAAAAUGGCUAGACAGAAAAACGCUACAAAUCUUUCUCUGGGAUGAGUAAGAUUUUCUCUGAGACUUCAACUUAUUCAAACAGUCGUUUGGAGUGAUAUUUGGGAAUUCAAUCUCGUGGAAGAAAAUGAACCCCGUUGAAGAGAUGGUCUCAAAUUGCACAAUCUCAAUCUAUUGAGACCCAGAGAUCAUUUUAUUGGUAAUGAUAAUUGCAAUUAAUAUGCCAGUAAUUGUAUUGUUCUAAUCUUGAUAUAAAUAAUGUCACUGUGAGAGACUGGAAUAGUCCAAAGUA